AUGAUUCUUCCGGUGUACCCGAUCAAGACGAUACCAGAGAAAUCAGUCGAUCAUUGGUUAAUACUACCUCUAGUGAAACUAAUUCUGAUAACCAUAUUGAAUGGACAGAAAAUAGUUCCGAUCGAAUUUCUGAUGAUCCUCCUGAAACAAAUUUUAAUGAUUCUUCUGAACAAAUACAUUCCGGCAUCUGGUAUAUCUGAUAUUACUUCAAAUCCUGAUAAAUAUCAGGAAGAGACGAAGUCGAGAGUCACUAAUUCAUCUCCGACUACAACUAUAUACACAAAGCUUAAAUCGUCAAAAGAGAAGGAAGUAGACGAUUUCUUUGAUUUACUAGAAAAAGAAAGGAUUAGUAAUAUAAUGAGAGAGAGAAAUAGGGAAAAGAAGUUUCAAUGUGAAUCACCUAGCCAGGAGGCACACUCGGUUUCCCAGAAUACUGCAUCUACGCCCCAUGGGCGGAAAAACGAACAGGGCUUGAUUCGAGAAAUGAUUUUAUCCAAGGAAGAAAUCACGUGA